GCCGGGUUGGGGAGGGGGCGGGGCCUGGAGGGAGGAAAGGGGCUGGCCCCCCAGAGGGUCAUGUGACUGGGAAGAUGGCGGUCUUCCACUGGCACUCCAGGAACAGGAACUACAAGGCUGAAUUUGCAUCUUGCCGGCUGGAGGCUGUGCCUCUGGAGUUUGGAGACUACCACCCUCUGAAGCCCAUCACAGUCACGGAAUCAAAGACAAAGAAAGUCAGCCGGAAAGGAAGCACUUCUUCCACAUCCUCCUCCUCUUCCAGCUCCGUGGUGGACCCGUUGAGCAGUGUCCUCGAUGGAACUGACCCCCUUUCCAUGUUUGCAGCCACUGUUGACCCCGCAGCUAUGGCAGCAGCCACGGAGAGCUCCAGAAAGAAACGUGACAGAGAUGACAGCUCCACCGUAGGAUCUGACUUUGAGCCUUGGGCCAACAAGCGGGGAGAGAUCCUUGCCCGGUAUACAACUACAGAAAAGCUAUCUAUUAAUCUGUUCAUGGGGUCUGAAAAAGGCAGAGCUGGGACUGCCACUUCUGCAAUGUCAGAGAAGGUCCGAACCCGGUUGGAGGAGCUGGAUGAUUUUGAGGAGGGAUCCCAAAAGGAGCUGUUGAACUUGACUCAGCAGGAUUAUGUGAACCGCAUAGAGGAGCUCAACCAGUCGCUCAAAGAUGCCUGGGCCUCAGACCAGAAAGUGAAGGCUCUGAAAAUUGUCAUUCAGUGCUCGAAACUUCUUUCGGACACAAGUGUUAUUCAGUUCUACCCAAGCAAAUUUGUCCUUAUCACCGACAUACUUGAUACAUUUGGAAAGCUGGUCUAUGAGCGCAUCUUUUCCAUGUGUUUGGAUAACCGCAGCGUCUUACCAGAUCACUUUACUCCAGAGAAUGUAAAUGACACAGCCAAGGAAACAUGCCUGAAUUGGUUUUUCAAGAUUGCUUCCAUCAGGGAGCUCAUUCCAAGAUUCUACGUGGAAGCAUCCAUCCUGAAGUGUAAUAAAUUCCUUUCUAAAACGGGAAUUUUGGAAUGCCUGCCCCGACUGACCUGCAUGAUCAGAGGCAUCGGGGACCCGCUGGUGUCGGUCUAUGCCCGGGCAUACCUGUGCCGGGUGGGAAUGGAAGUGGCUCCACACCUCAAAGAAAGCCUGAAUAAAAAUUUCUUUGACUUCCUUCUUACAUUUAAACAGAUCCAUGGGGAUACAGUGCAGAACCAGCUGGUGGUCCAGGGAGUGGAACUCCCAUCCUAUCUGCCCCUGUACUCACCAGCCAUGGACUGGAUCUUCCAGUGCAUCUCUUACCAUGCGCCAGAGGCUUUGCUGACUGAGAUGAUGGAAAGAUGUAAGAAACUCGGAAACAAUGCCUUGCUGUUGAAUUCUGUGAUGUCAGCCUUUCGGGCUGAGUUUGUUGCCACCAGGUCCAUGGACUUCAUCGGCAUGAUUAAAGAAUGUGAUGAGUCUGGUUUCCCCAAGCAUCUCCUUUUUCGCUCACUGGGCUUAAACUUGGCCUUGGCUGACCCACCUGAGAGUGAUCGACUUCAGAUUCUCAAUGAAGCCUGGAAAGUCAUUACCAAAUUGAAGAAUCCACAGGACUACAUUAAUUGUGCCGAAGUGUGGGUAGAAUAUACCUGCAAGCAUUUCACGAAACGAGAGGUGAAUACUGUUUUGGCUGAUGUCAUCAAGCACAUGACUCCAGAUCGUGCAUUUGAGGAUUCCUACCCUCAGCUUCAGUCAAUAAUUAAGAAAGUUAUUGCCCACUUCCAUGAUUUCUCAGUUCUUUUCUCAGUGGAAAAAUUUCUACCAUUUCUGGAUAUGUUCCAGAAAGAGAGUGUGCGGGUGGAGGUUUGCAAAUACAUCAUGGAAGCCUUUAUCAAGCAUCAACAAGAGCCUACCAAGGACCCUGUCAUUCUGAAUGCCCUUUUGCACAUUUGCAAGACCAUGCAUGACUCCGUGAAUGCACUUACUCUGGAGGAUGAGAAAAGAACACUGGCACAUCUGAUUAAUGGAUUUAUAAAAAUGGUUUCCUUUGGCCGUGAUUUUGAACAACAGCUCAGUUUUUAUGUCGAGUCCAGGUCAAUGUUUUGCAAUCUGGAACCUGUUCUGGUGCAGUUGAUUCAUAGUGUGAACCGACUAGCAAUGGAAACAAGGAAAGUAAUGAAAGGAAAUCAUUCCAGAAAGACGGCUGCAUUUGUCCGGGCCUGUGUCGCCUACUGCUUCAUCACCAUUCCCUCCUUGGUGGGCAUCUUCACACGCCUCAACCUCUACCUACAUUCUGGUCAGGUUGCCUUGGCCAACCAGUGCCUCUCCCAAGCUGAUGCAUUUUUCAAAGCUGCUAUAAGCCUCAUUCCAGAAGUUCCAAAGAUGAUAAAUAUUGAUGGAAAGAUGCGGCCGUCAGAAUCAUUUCUUCUGGAAUUCCUCUGCAAUUUCUUCUCAACCUUAUUGAUAGUUCCGGAUCAUCCUGAACAUGGGGUCCUGUUUCUUGUUAGAGAACUUCUCAAUGUGAUCCAGGACUAUACCUGGGAGGACAACAGUGAUGACAAAAUCCGCCUCUAUACUUGUGUCCUGCAUCUGCUGUCUGCCAUGAGCCAGGAGACCUAUCUGUACCACAUAGACAAAGUCGACUCCAAUGAUAGCCUGUACGGUGGAGACGUGAAGUUCCUGGCUGAAAACAACAAGCUGUGUGAGACCGUGAUGGCUCAGAUCCUGGAGCACCUGAAAACCCUGGCCAAGGACGAGGCCCUGAAGCGUCAGAGCUUGCUGGGCCUCUCCUUCUUCAACAGCAUCUUGGCCCAUGGAGAUCUGCGCAACAACAAGCUUAAUCAGCUCUCUGUCAACUUGUGGCACCUAGCACAGAGGCAUGGCUGCGCAGAUACCAGGACCAUGGUGAAAACUCUGGAAUAUAUCAAGAAGCGAAGCAAACAGCCAGGCAUGAAUCAUCUAACUGAGCUGGCCCUGAGACUCCCUCUGCAAACAAGGACCUAACUCUGGUCCCCCAUGAGCCUGUCCCCAAGGACUCUAGCACCAAGUCCAGAAAGACCUUGUCUUGCUGUCCUCUACUUCUACUGGAAAUGAAGUGUUAUUUUUACUUUAUUUUUAUAUCUAAAGAUUGGUUUAGGCUUUGGCUUCUGCCCAGGUUCUUUUGACAGUAAGUGGGGAUCAACAUUAAAAUCCAAUCUUGUUCUCCA